CGGCAGCCCUCUCUGCACCUCGUGGGAACCAAACCCGGCGAAAGAGAUUUCGUUUAUUUUAAUAUUCAAGUCCCUCGGCGCUACCCGUCCAGCGCCGUGUUUCUAACAUGGCGGCGCCCAUCGGCCUCACGGCCCAUGGUUGCCCCAUAAGAGCCACUUCCAAGAUGGCGGCACCCAGGAGCUAACUUCCGGUAAAGAGCUACCAAGAUGGCGGCACCUGUCGAGCCGCUUGUGCGCGGGGGGAGCUUCUGCCGCCAAUAUGGCGGCACCCAAGACGGGAUCGAUUCCGUGAGGUCAUAGGGUGCUUCCGGUCAGGCAAUAACGGCACGGAUCCCGCCUCCCAACCUGGUGGCUGCCAGGAGGUAUUUCCGGUAUCACGCGCCACCCCACGGACGAGACCAUUGGCACGAGGAGGCCCCAGGAGAGGGGGGCGCAGCCUGGCGAGGACUCGGGAGCCCCCAGCGACCCCUGACCUCCAGCUCGUGGGACUCUCUGAACUCCGCCCUCUGAGGACCCUGCGACCCCCAACCUCCCAGCCCCCUUGAAGGCCGACCUUGGAGGCCAGCAGCGCCCCCAGCCUGGCCCCACCCCCCACCCCCAUGAGCCUGCCGGUGCACACGGCCCCCCUGGGGCUCUCCCUGAGACCCACCGCCCCCUCCAGCCCCGCGAGCCCCCCGGAGGGCACGGCCCCCCUGGGGCUCUCCCUGAUCCCCGGCACCCCCUACUCGGUACUGGUGCUGCAGGAGGGGUACAGCCGGGCGCUCCCGGACGGCACCAUGCAGGCCGACGGCACCGUCACGCUGCUGCGGGGCCCCCGGCUCACCCUGGUAGACACGGGGGGGCCCUGGGGGCGGGAGCGGCUGCUGGGGCUGCUGGCGGCCCAGGGGGUGGCCCCGGGGGACGUGUCCCACGUGGUCUGCACCCACGGCCACUCCGACCACGCCGGCAACCUCAACCUCUUCCCCGGGGCCACGCUGCUCGUGGGCUUCGACCUGAGCCGGGGAGAGGGGCUCUACCUGCCCCAUAACCUGGGGGACGGGGCCCCCUACCCCAUCGACCCGGGGCACGUGGAGGUGCUGCCCACGCCCGGGCACACGGCCGCCCACACCAGCGUGCUGGUGCGGGGCACGGCCCUGGGCACGGUGCUGGUGGCCGGGGACCUGUUCGAGCGGGAGCAGGACGAGGCCGCCUGGCGGGCGCUGAGCGAGGACCCCGCCCGGCAGGAGCAGAGCCGCCGGCGGGCGCUGGCCCUGGCCGACGUGGUGAUCCCCGGCCACGGGCCGCCCUUCCGGGUGCGGCGGGGGGAGGGCGGCCCCGGGGGGGGGCCGACGGGGCGUGAGACGCCCCCCUGAGCUCGAAUUAAACAGAGCUUGGCGACCCCCAGCGCUGCCUCUUAUUGGGGGGGCGCCUUUCGAAGGGAGAGAGAUUCCUUCCGCAGGUCUUCCGGCCCCACGGUGACGACACCCCGAAACGCAGGGUGGAGACAGAGCCAAGGUACCCCCAGACUGACCCCCAGGACCUCCGCAGCGGGUGGGGCUGCCCCGCCCAGCCCCGAGCGGCGGGUGAGGCCCGGGAGCACCCCUGGGUGCUGGGGGGCUGAGCAGCAGCAGGUGCUCAGAGGGCAGCCAUGGGACCCUGCCCGUGGCCCCACACGCAGGCCAGGCCCCUUUAUGGUUUAAUUGCCCUGUUUGUGUCACAGGCAGCUUGGCUGCCUGCCCAGCAGCCAGAGAUAACGGGGAGUGAACCUCGUUACCGACAGCCCCCCGCCCCAGAGGGGCCGCGUCUCGGCGCCGGGCGAGGGGUCCCCGUGUAAACAGACGCCCCGCCCCAGAGGGGUCCCCGUGUAAACAGACGCCCCGCCUCGAGAGGGCCGUGUCUCGGUGCCGGGCGAGGGGUCCCCAUGUAAACAGAUGCCCCGCCUCAUAGGGGUCCCCGUGUAAACAGACGCCCCGCCCCAUAGGGGUUCCCAUGUAAACAGACACCCCGCCUCGAGAGGGCCGUGUCUCGGCGGUGGGCGAGGGGUCCCCGUGUAAACACGCCCCGCCCCAGAGGGUGCCGCAUCUCGGUGCCGGGCAAGGGGUCCCCGUGUAAACAGACGCCCCGCCUCAUAGGGGUCCCCGUGUAAACAGACGCCCCGCCCCAUAGGGGUCCCCGUGUAAACAGACGCCCCGCCUCGAGAGGGCCGCGUCUCGGCGGUGGGCGAGGGGUCCCCGUGUCACCAGCCGCCCCGCCCCAGAGGGUGCCGCAUCUCGGUGCCGGGCGAGGGGUCCCCGUGUAAACAGACGCCCCGCCCCAUAGGGGUCCCCGUGUAAACAGACGCCCCGCCCCAUAGGGGUUCCCGUGUAAACAGACGCCCCGCCUCGAGAGGGCCGCGUCUCGGCGGUGGGCGAGGGGUCCCCGUGUCACCAGCCGCCCCGCCCCAGAGGGUGCCGCAUCUCGGUGCCGGGCGAGGGGUCCCCGUGUAAACAGACGCCCCGCCCCAUAGGGGUUCCCGUGUAAACAGACGCCCCGCCUCGAGAGGGCUGUGUCUCGGCGGCGGGCGAGGGGUCCCCGUGUCACCAGCCGCCCCGCCCCAGAGGGGUCCCCGUGUCACCAGCCGCCCCGCCCCCCCGCCGGCCCGGGGGUUCCCAGGCACUCGUGCUGACGCUCCUGAUCGCGCCGAUCGAUGCUCUGAGGUCACUAACGGCCCUCGUGACGGUCUAGGCUCAAGGACACGGGCGGCUGGCACCGUAUGGCACCACCCACGCCACCUGCGUGACAGAUCCCAGCACCAUGCACAGAGCGGGGCUGGGGG